GGAGUAUCGGACGUUUUUGGAUGCAGUAGGCCGACUAGCCCUUUGUGGCAAUGUUUGCGUCACUGAAGAAGCCGUAACGAUCGGAGAGCAUGGUCUUCUAACAGGAGAGUCCUUAAAUGCUCUUCAGCACGCCGGAGCGAUAUCGGUUUAUAAUACAUUGCAACAAAACAAUUGGGAAUUUCCAAUUGCUGAAGAUGGUGAAGUGGCUGUCGUCAAGACACACACUCCCAUACCGGAUGAAUUUUUGGACUCAGAAAAACCCAUAAGAUCUGAUUGGCCUGCUAUUCAUAUAUCUGAAUGUUUUGUUGAUGGAGAACGCGCGAAAAUACACGGUUCAGUUCGCCCUCUACGUACUUUCCUGCCUCCCACGGUUGUGUUCCGAAAUGCUGCUGAUAUAGAUGAAGAUAUUCCAGAACCUGAGCUAAACGUGCCAAAUGCUUCAAACAGUGAUGGAGCUAUCGAACUUGUUCCUUCAGCCAAAGGAAUCACUGUGAAGAAAGUAACAAAGGAUACCAAGGAAGUGGAAUAUAUACCUCUGGAAGAGUACUAUUUCGGUCGACAGGAAGGUACACGGGGGUACCUGGAAGAAAAAGGCGAUUUCAGAUUCAAAUGCGCGGUCUGCCAGCGUAUCUUCUAUUCAAACGUCAAACUGAUGUCCCAUAUUUUGGGACAUGUGGAUGAGGUUUCUCAGGCCAGUCUUGAUGUGGCAGAUGCAACACAUUGUCAGCAUUGCGAUAUCAUGUUUCCAUCUGCUUUUGACUAUCGUGCACAUAUGGACAAUGUGAGUCCCAUCCGUUUCCUAUUUCAUUUUGGUGUAAAUCCCGUUUGUUGGUUCUGCUUCAUUGGCUUUUAUAUAGUAAAGAUUGUUUUACCCGCAGUAACCUGA